AUGCGCUGUCCAUUUGCCAAAAAACUGGGGCAAAAACGGAGGUGCUUUGCCACUCCCUUGGGCCGUCAUGUCAGAAAUGCGGUUCAGGUGCGCCGAUUGCCAGGAUCCAAAGAUGCGGAACGCGCGGACUGGAACGCGGGCAUCACCGCCCUGGGCCGCAAGCAGAAAUGGCAAGCUGCUCUGGCCACGGCUGAGGGGAUGGAGCGCAGGUGCCAAAUUCCAUGGGAUGAGUUCACCUUCUGUGCUCUCAUUGCGGCUUGCUCAAGUGCAUCACUUCCAGGAAAGGCUAUGCAGUUGCUGGAGUCGAUGCCAGCACGGCAAGUGGUGCCCAAUGCCUUCAUCAUGGGUGCAGCUGCCGCAGCCUGCGUCCGCGGACAGAGGUGGCAACAGGGUUUGGAUCUCCUCACGGUGACAAUGCCUAGAUUGAAACUUCGUCAAACUACGGUGACGUAUGGAACGGCAGUCAAUGCUUGUGCUGCGGCAGCUCUCUGGGAGAAUUCAUUGGUCUUGCUACAAGAGCUUUACACUGAGAGGCUUCAAGUCAGUGUGGUGUUGCUGAACAGCGUCAUGCGCAGCUGCGAGCGCGCGAGCCGCUGGCUGGAAACCUUGCAGUUGCUGAGUGCAGCGGAGGUGGGGUCUGAUGAGGUGAGCUGGAGCUGCGCGAUGCAAUCCUGUGCCAAAGCUGCACAGUGGAAACAGGCCCUUGCCCUUUUCGAUGAAAUGCCGCAGAGAGGCUUGAAGCAAAACCUUCAUGCAACAACAGCUGCAAUCAUCGCUGCAGGUCUGGGACAUGGCUGGCCCCACUCCCUGUGGCUCCUGCAGCAGCUGGGCCCUGCAGCUGAUGUCCCUGCACAUGCUGCAGCGAUUGGAGCAUGUGAGCAGAGCAUGCAGUGGCAGCAGGCCUUGGUGCUACUUACGUCGCUGCUCAAGCGAAGUCAGGAGCCGAAUAUGGCUUGCUACAAUGUCACCGUCAGUGCCUGCUUUAAGCGUGGCGCUUGGGAACAGACUUCGUGGCUGCUGCAGCACCUGCGUAACAAGGGGCACGCCUUGGACCAGAUGCACUUUGUGUCCCACGUGGCAGCUUUUCGCCAGUCCGAUCACCAGGAACAGGCACGCGUAGCUUAUCGGAAGCUCUUGAACGGUGUGACAGCCUGGCAGUUUGACUUCUCUCUGGUGGUGAUUUUCGACCGAAGCAUUUUUUGGCCAACAUCUGAGAGCCUCAUCACGCUGAGCGGCACCAUGCUCAGCAACACCAUGCUCAGCAAUACCACGCGGAGCCACACCAUGCUCAGCAACACCAUGCUCAGCAACAUCAUGCUCAGCCACACCAUGCUCAGCAAUACCAUGCUGAGCCACACCAUGCUCAGCCAUACCAUGCUGAGCGACACCAUGCUGAGCAACACCAUUCUGAGCGACACCACGCUGAGCGACACCAUGCUGAGCAACACCAUUCUGAGCGAUACCAUGCUGAGCGACAGCAUGCUGAGCGACAACAUGCUGAGCGACACUAUAGCGAGCGACAUCAUGCAGAGCCACAUCAUCAUGCAGAUGAAGAUAGGAGGGAUCGUGGCAGAGACUGGGAGGACGCUCGAAAAGGUGGACACAAAGGGGAAGGCCCUGCUGCCUGUUGCUGCCAGUGGUCGAGGCCAAGAGGGAGGCAGCCGAGACCUGGUGAGAUCCAGGAGCCGUGGGCGCAGCCCGUCGGCAUCGGUAGCUUCCAGUGCAUCCUCCAAACCGAAGCGACGCAGCCGAAAAGCGGCUGGCUUCGACUGUGUCACAAAACCGCGAGAGCCUGGGAAGGUACCUGUUGAGGCCGAGCCACAACGGGGCCUGAAGGUUGCACCUGGCCGAAAGGCAGAUGUGCAUGGCCUGAAGGGCGCAGCACAGUACAAUGGCUGUGAGGGCAUUGUCAUAGAAGGGCCCAAUGACAAGGGGCGGUGGGAAGUCCAGGUGGACUACCAGUGCGAGACCAAAACGCUGUCACUGUUAGAGUCCAAUCUUCAGCCCAAGCCAUCCUGUGGAUGGGAGUUGGUGAUUGCUCCCAUUGGCUUAGGAAUCAAGGAGACAGAUGUCUCGCAAGCCUUGACUCCGCAUGGAAGAGUCAGGCAUGUGAAGAUGACGAAUCCCCCAGGUGUUUGCCUUGUAGAGAUGGCCCUAAAGGAGGGAGCAGAGGCAGCUUUCAAUAACUUGCGACGCUUUGAAUUAAAAGGCACGCAAGUCUCGGUGGAUUGGAGCACCAUGGCCAAGACAGAGAUGGGUAUGUGCAAUAAACGGCAAGAGAAGCCGCCUGCUCCGGCAACCAGGAGCUUCAAAGAGAAUCCCACAGAAGAGUCUCUGGGCUUUCGACUCGGACAAGUGGUGCUGAUUUCAAACCUCAAGGGCGCCCCACAGUUCAACGGCAGCACAGCCUGCGUGGUGGGUUUCCGCAGCGACCGAGUGGAGGUGGAACUUGAGGCAGAUGGAGCCAAGAAAACUUUGGCCUUGAAGCCUGAGAACCUCAGUGCCAAGGACGCUGCGCCGCCGACGGAGCCAGAGGAAAAGCCGGCCGAGCCGCGAAAGCGUCGAGCAAAAUGGGAAGAGAACAGUGGUGGUUUCGUUGUGCCACAAGAAGCCCGGAAAGCGCCCUCCGAUUCCGGGGCUCCUUUCCCUCCAGUCGCGGAGCUGGAACAGAUGCCGAUGAAAGAGCUGAAAGCGCUCUUGAAGGACCAUGGAGUUGACACCACCGGUUGCUUGGAAAAGGCCGAGUUCCUGCAGAAGGCCAAAGAGCGAGCCAAGCUCUGA